CGUGCCCCUUCAUCCUAACAAGAAUUUAAACGAGUUCCUUGCGUCAGCCUUGCAUCGUUGCUUUCUUACAACAACAGCACACAUCCAUCGACCAUACCUACCUCCUAACGUCCAUGUCUGUUUCCACUACCACCCAACGUUGCUUUCCCACCGAACUCAUCGAGGAAAUCCUUAACCACGUUAAUUGUCUUCCUGCCAAAGACAUUCGAAGUAUUCUUGACCACCCUGUAGAGGGAUACAAGGGCUGGCGCGUUGCUACCCUGACCUCCUGCUCAUUGGUCUGCAGAGCCUGGCUCCCACGUAGCCGAUACCAUCUCUUCAGAUCGAUCUACAUCUUACACGAAGAUCAUGCACAUUUCUUACAACUCAUUGCCAGCCCAUUCUGCUCCUUCAUCCAUUCCAUCCGCACUAUUUACUUUAGACGACAACACCUACAAGAGACUAUAUACGGUUCCGAGGACGGAUUGCCAAAGGAUCACCCGGAGGACUCGGAGGCGCAUUGGCUGCACAAAGCACUUCCCACUCUCCCUCUCUCCGUGUUCACAAAUAUUCAGAAGCUGCGCAUCCCUGAUGCUAAGUUCAACCUAAUGUCAGAGGAGGAUUUUAUGAACACCCUGUCCGAAUUAUCCCUCUCCACUACGCUCACACAUUUGGCUCUCAACUCUUGCAUUUUCUCUACCCUCGACCAAAUUAUCCAGACCCUGUGCUCGUGCAGAGCGUUAAACUCCCUGUCUCUGAGAUACCCCGAACUCAAAGAAAAACCGACACCCGAAGAUAUGCUUUUUCAGUUUCAAAAUGCUACACUCCCUACAUCUUUGUCAUCCCUGAUGAUCAGCAUUCUCGAAAUUUCUAAUAUUGAUUGGAUAUUAAAGAUCAUGUCCAUGGUCGGCGCAUCGCUAAAGUAUUUGAGUAUACACAUAGUGCCUAGCAUGAUAACCUCAUAUGAUGAUGCCAUUGACGAGGUCUGCCGUGCAAUCAACUUUGACUACCAUCCGAAUCUCGAGUCCAUUGCAUUCGAUUCGCUAUGUACAAGCGAUUUAUGGCUUGGGAUGAGCACUCGGCAUAUUCCUGCAAUCCUCCAAAAAAUCACCUCGUCGUCUAUCAGGGAGGUCGUUUUGACACUCAGCGAUAGCUGUUUGAGCAUUUAUGAUCCGGCUGAUCUGGAUGCUAUCGAUUGGGCAUCGAUCAGCGAGGUUCUUAGCCAGGACAGCUAUUCGAAUUUGGAGACAAUACAUGUGCUCAAAGUAAGUUAUUGCUUAUAUGAGAAGGCGAUGGAUAUAAUCGCGGAACGGAUGAAAGGCCUAUUGACGAAGAAAAAUAUGUCUAUAGACAUUGUGCUUUGGGACGAUAGAGAAACAGUCAUGAUGCCGCGUUUUGGAUGGUAGUAUGUUGUUACAAUCUUACGUAGACACAGGUAGAGGGAUUCUUACCGAAGAUAUAUAUAAGAGUAUGUGAAGCCCAGUUCUCCUACCUUCAUAUUGAGUGGUGGCACGACGACGGUAAGAUCGUACGAUUCCUUUCAGUCUCGAGUGGUCGAUCUGUUACGAAUACUGGCGAUGGAACUUCAUAGGAGAGUGUCCAAAGUCAUCAGCUGCCCUGACACAGCGAUGUCGACUUCAAUCUCUUCCAUCAUUGACGAAAGCGUAAUACCUGUACAAGAGGUGCGCGGACACUUGAGUGUACGAG